AUGGCGGACAAGGAGGCAUCAGUCUACAUCGUCGACCUCGGGUCCUCCAUGGCCGACUGCCACAACGGCCGCACCGAAUCGGACCUGGACUGGAGCAUGCGGUACGUAUGGGACAAGAUCUCAACCACAGUCGCCGCUUCGCGAAAAACGUGGACCGUCGGCGUCAUCGGCCUCAAGACGGAUGAGACCCAGAACGCCAUGGGGGAAGAAGAGGGAUACGGCAAUAUUUCAGUCUUACAGGAGCUCGGCCCGAUGACAAUGACUUCUCUGAGGGAACUCACGGAUGCGGUGAAGCCGAGCGAGACGGAGACAGGCGAUGCCGUCUCCGCGGUGGUCCUCGCCGUCGACAUGAUUGAGACGUUUACCAAGAAGCUCAAGUAUAAGCGGCGCAUCUACCUCAUUACCGACGGCAUGUCUGUAAUUGACGGCGACGAUGUCGAUUCGAUUGCAAAGAAGAUCAAUCACGAUGGAAUUGAGCUGAUUGUCCUGGGCGUGGACUUUGACGAUGCAGAGUUCGGCUUUAAGGAAGAGGACAAGCCGUCAAUCAAGAAAAAGAAUGAGGAAAUUCUCAGAGAUCUUGUCUCCAAAUGUGACAAUGCCCAAUUUGCAACUAUUGCAGAGGCCAUAGACGAGCUCGACACACCGCGCCUCAAACCCGUCAAGCCCUACAAGACGUAUGACGGACCCCUGACCCUCGGUCUCGCUAACCCUCCAGAGGGCCUCAAGAUCCCACCCACGCCCGCAGUCAUCAAUGUCGAGCGCUACUUCAAGACCAAGCAAGCCAAAGCCCCGACCGCCUCCAGCGUCGUGGUAUCGGCUGAACCCGGUCCCUCGCAGCAGCUUGAGGGCGGCGACCCAAUGGAGGGUAUCGAGUCGACGUCGGCUGGCUUCGCGGCGGUCAAGUCGGCGCGGGCGUACAAGAUCAACGACCCGGACGCGCCGGGUGGCAAGCGUGAUGUCGAGUUCGACUCCCUGGCCAAGGGGUACCAGUAUGGCCGCACGGCUGUCGCGAUCAGCGAGUCCGAGUGGAACGUCACCAAGCUGGAGACAGUCAAGACUUUUAGCAUCAUUGGCUUCAUUCCCUGCGAGAAGGUAAAGUCCUGA